UUUAGCCCAACCCAAUUUAGCCCUAUCAUCUCCUUGCCCAGACGACUCUCCUGUCUCCGCUAACCGGAGCGAAACGCCGAGACCCCCCAUUCAUAUAGAUGUGAUACCGGGGACUUCAAUCUUAUGAGGUUCAGAGCUUGUUGAACGACUCGGUGAGAUGAACUGCGUGAAUGUCAAUCCCUGCAUAUUGGCCUACCCUCCCAUUGCUCCAUCUCGAAGUGCUGCCCCAGCAACGAAUCCUGGAUUUCCGGUUUCCUUGAGACUGAAUAAGUCUUCUUCAAUUUACACGGUUGCAGGUCUUCGUAAGUUUUCCCUUAAAGCCACGGCUAGUACUUCUACAUACAGACAAUCUGCACCUGUCUGUUUGUUUGGUGGUAAGAAGUCAGGCAGUGGCGAUCAGGCUGCGCCAAAGGAAGCUUUGGAGAAUUUAUUGGGAAGUUUCAAGAAGGAACAAUCAAUUGAGGAUUUGCUAAGGCAGCAGAUUAAGAAGCAAGAGUUCUUUGAUGAUGGAGGCACAGGUGGUGGUGGCCUUGGUGGUGGAGGAGGGGGUAGUGGUGGGGGUUCUGGUGGAUCAGAGGAUGAAAACACUUCAGACGAGCUUGAUGAAAUAUUCCAAGUGACCAUGGCUACUUUGGGUUUCAUAUAUACGUAUAUAUACAUUCUUCGAGGUGAAGAAAUCGGGCGCUACAUCAGAGACAUUAUCAGGUACUACAUAUUUCGAGGUAGGAAGAGUAUUCGACUGACAAAGCUCCUUGCAAGGUUAAACAAGCAUUGGACGAUCAUUAAAGGGAAGUACGGAAAUAGAUUGACAGACGACGAAAUGGAUGAGGUUGAAGGACACUUGUUAACGCAUCUUGUUAAGAAAACCGGGACAUGGUAUUAUAGACCUAAGCAAGCACAAAAAAAGGUCGAGAAGCGUGCUAUUGUAGAUCCAGUGUACGGCGAGGAGUACUAUGAGGACGACGAUGAAUACUAUUAUUGAUGAUGCUGGUGGCUUACUGGUGGGUAGUUCUCUUGUUUGAAUAUGGUUUAGUAAAUACUGCAGUUUUUACUUACACUGAAGCAUUCUCUGUUUGUAGUUUGUACUUCUAUUAUUGAUAGGCUUUUGAUUUUUGCAAAGUGAAGAGAGGCUUAAAUGGUAUUGCAAUUUUUAUUAACUAUU